AUUUUCAUGAAGUUGACAUUUCUAUGAAGCAUCCAGCCCCUAAAAUUUGUCAACAACAAGAAAAUUCAGUGUCCCACAUUAUCGUGAUCUACAUUACACGUAGUACUAUUUUUCUAUGUUUGUUUAUUCUAUUUAGUGUGUGUACUAACUAGAAACUAGUAAGUUCCAUUGCUCAUGCAAAGUCUUUAAUAAAUUCAUGCACCCUCAUUCCACCCUGUAUAUAUACUCUCAUUUCCACUCAUUCCAAAUCCAUCCCAAAAUCCCAUUUCCAAAAUCCUAGACUCCAACACAAUUCUGAGUUCUCUUUGUUACAGUUAACAAUAUUCCAAAAUGUAUUUCUUCCAAUUUCCUAGAACAACUUUUAGGCUUCUACUAGUUCUUUUCCUUUUGAGCUUUGCUAAUGAGGCAUUUGGAUCAUCAAGACAACUUUUUUCAUUGUAUCAACCACCUCCUAUGGCUCUUACUUACCACAAAGGAGACUUACUGUAUGGUUAUAUUCCCGUUUCCAUUCUCUGGUAUGGGAAAUUUUCACCUGCCCAGAAAUCCAUUGUAGUUGACUUUCUUAACUCUUUGACUCCCGGAACAAAAGUUCCAGUUUCUUCCCCGCGCGAUGCUCCUUCAGUGUCACAAUGGUGGCAAACUGUGGAGACUUACUUAGAGAAAGCCGGCAAAAAACAGACCAGUUUGGUUUUAACUAAUCAGAUCAGCGAUGAAAACUGUUCGUUGGGUAAAAUCCUGAAGAAAUCCCAGAUCACCCGGUUAGCUCGCCGGGUCAACUCAAAACCGGGUGGGUUGACUAUAGUUCUGACGGGUCAAGACGUCGCUGUGGAGGGCUUCUGCAGCAGCAACUGCGGGUACCAUGGAUGGCAUAAACGGGUCGAAAAGAACAUGAAGAAUUCGAGGUCCGCUUUUAUCUGGGUCGGUAACUCGGUGACCCAGUGUCCGGGUCAAUGCGCCUGGCCGUUUUACAAACCGAUUUACGGCCCACAAACCGACCCGCUGGUUGCUCCGAAUGGUGACGUGGGGAUUGACGGCAUGGUGGUGAACAUUGCGAGCCUUCUCGCCGGAGCUGUGACGAACCCUUACGGAAAAGGGUAUUUUCAAGGUCCCGCGACGGCGCCUCUAGAGGCGGCUUCGGCUUGCCCCGGGGUGUACGGGAAAGGGGCGUAUCCGGGUUACGCCGGAGAGCUUUUGGUGGAGAAAACUUCGGGUGCAAGUUAUAAUGCAGUGGGUACGACCGGGAGGAGGUACCUUUUGCCGGCUCUUGUUGACCCGAAAACUCUGCAGUGCGCCACCCUUGUGUGAAAUGAGCAUUUUUCCCAUGUCAAAUUGUACAAUUUUAACCGCUUGUAAUUUGUAAAUAUACUUUUAUUGUCGAAUACAAUUUUCCUACCAUUACAAACUUCUUUCAGUCUUUCUGUUGGAAUUUUUGUUCUUUGUUUUGUUUUAGGGUCAGAUUUAGUGGUCUGAUCAUUAUUUAGAGAAAGGGCAAUCGAGCCAGUUAGAUUUUUGGG